AUGCCUCUCCAGGCUCUGCUACCUGUCCUGGUCCUCUGUGUGUUGCUGUUGCAGGCCCAGGGAGGACACCGUAACUGGAAGAGGAUACAGAACAUGCAGGAAACACAGCUACCCUCAGAUAUCAAAGUCUGUCAGAAGCGACCCAGUUUCUAUACCUGCAUACGCAUCUGUGAAUCUCACCAAGACUGUCAAGCAAAUAACAUAUGCUGUGCCACUUUCUGUGGGAAUGUUUGUAUGAGCCUUUUAGAUGAAAGAGAUACACGAAGAGGGAACUGCCUCCAUCAGACCAGAGUCUAUGACCCACCUCAGAAGCAUUACAAGGCUCUGGGUAUUUCAGUUUCCUCCCCACAUAUGCCAAGAGCUGCCCUUGGACAAGAAGCUCUUAGGAAAGAGAUGAUGAUCAACCCUCAACACAGACUUCAUCAGAGGUGUGUGGGCUGUAUGGGUGUGGUCUCCAAGAGAACUUAUUUG